ACUCGGCGAAAACAACGCUAUGGAGAAUCCUCCGAGCCAUUCUGUCUCCGGCUGGCCUGCUCACACGUAGUAUAGCUUUGAAGCGUGGGAAGCGUGGUGUGCUCACAAUUCACAAAGCACAGUCCUCUCCAACUCCCAAGACUCCCGGCGGGCACAACCAUCGACGGCAUCUUUGUCCGCGACGCACCGAUCGAGGCUCCUCCCACGAGAGGUAGGACGUGGAAGCUCUGCCGACAUAGACUGCCAUGGCGAACAAUUUACAACAUUUUGUCACUGUAAUGCCAAGGGUCAUUCCAUUUCGGUCGUUACAAGAAAUUACAAAUAAUUUUGCAGAGGAGCAAGUGGUUGGUCAUGGUGGCUAUGGUGAAGUUUACAAGGGGAUAUAUGAGGGGGUAGAAAUUGCUGUGAAAAAGCUUUAUCUGAUGCCAUAUCUUGGUGUUGCGUAUAGCAAGCAAUUUGACAAUGAGCUUCUUAAUCUUAUGAGUGUCCAGCAUCAAAAUAUUAUCAAGUUAAUUGGCUACUGCUAUGAAGUAUAUAAUAAAGUUACUUUGCUCGAAGAACGAUAUAUUUAUGUUGAGUCAGAACAAAGAUUUCUCUGCUUCGAGUACAUGCGCCGUGGAAGCCUUGACAAACAUCUUUCUGAUGAAUCCGGCGGACUUGAUUGGCACACACGUUACAAAAUAAUCAUGGGAGUUUCUGAGGGUUUAAAUUUCCUUCAUAAUGGACUCAAAGAUCCAGUUUACCAUCUGGACUUAAAACCUGCAAACAUAUUAUUGGAUGAGAGCUGGAUGCCAAAAAUUUGUGAUUUUGGUCUGUCAAGACUUGUUGCUUCAACAAAAAGUCAUAACACAGUGGAUCGUAUAGGAUCACAUCCCUUCAUGCCACCAGAAUACAUAGUAAGGGGCACAAUAUCCAAGAAGUAUGAUGUAUUCAGCUUAGGUGUCACAAUCAUACAAAUAAUUGCAGGACCCCAAGGCUACUCCAAAUAUUCAGAUAUGUCUUCCCAAGAAUUUACUGAGCUUGUACACAUGAAUUGGCGGGGAAGGAUAGGGGGAACAUCAACACAUGUGGAAGAAUAUUGCCAGCAAGUCAAGAAAUGCAUCAAAAUUGCAUCAGAUUGCGUGGAGCAAGACAAAGAUAGAAGGCCCACUAUAGAAUAUAUCAUGGAGACGUUGGAACAUAUUGAAACGGUGACUCACAGAACAGUAAAAGAAGAAGAAGAGCUGUUGGAACAGAUAGAAACCCCGAUUCACAGAGCAAUAGAAGAAGAAAAUGAAGGAGAACAAGAGCAGGAGAAGUAUGGGCCAUGGGGAGGAAAUGCUGGGACAGCUCAUGACAUUGAGGCGGCAUCCCACCAGCUCCAUAGCGUAACAAUUCUUUGGGGCGAUGUAAUUGAUUCAUUUAAGUUUACAUAUAGCGAUCAUAGUGGGCAUCAACACAUUGUUGGUCCAUGGGGUGGUACUGGUGGUACCUUCCAAACUACGAUCAAACUUGGACCACGGGAGUUCCUGACAGAAAUUUCUGGAAAAUUUGGACCAUAUUCAUGUUCACAGUCCGAUGUGAUAACAUCACUUAAGUUUGUCACCAAUGAGGAAGAACAUGGACCUUUUGGUCUGGCAGGACUGGCAGCAGGAGAUCCUUUCCGCAUCAAAUUGGAAAGCAAUUGGGCUAUAGUUGGGUUUUUUGCACGUGCAGAGGGAUUUGUUCAUGCAAUUGGUGUCUAUGCGAGACCCAAUCGUUCAACCUCUUGACGGAGAGGAACUGGCAGUGAGCUCCGAGCUGGAAGGAAGACAAGAGUAGUGGUGGUAGUAAUAGUAGUGUAUGAGGUCAUACAUUGCUUGUUGUUACUUACAUCUUGUAGCCUGUACCACUACGUUCUUAUGAAUCGAGGAGGAACUCUAUUCGAAGUUCCAAAUGCAAUUCGAUGACAACUUUACUA